AGUUUGGGUAAGCGAAGUUUUUUGUUAUUCAAAGUAUUGUAGACUGUAUUCAAUAGUUGGUACACAAUGUCGAUUGCAACCUACGUAUUCCUAGAUCUCGAAACUACCGGCUUACCGGGACAGGAAAACAAUAAGACUAAAAUAACAGAACUGAGUUUAGUGGCUGUAAAAAGAGAACAUGUACUGGAAACGCGUGUGGGAGCUACGCCUCGUGUUCAGCACAAGCUCACUCUUUGCUUUAACCCGGGAAGAAUGGUGGCACCUAGUUGCUCGGAAGUGACGGGCCUCUGCAACGAACUAUUGGAAUAUGAGUCUACUUUUAAUAUAGACACAUUUACGUUGAUUAAUACGUUUCUGAAAACACUCACCAAACCAGUUUGCCUUAUCGCCCAAAAUGGAUAUCGUUUCGAUUUCCCUAUAUUAAAAAAUCAUUUAGUAAAGCUUGGGGUUAGUUUAUCGGAUGACAUCCUCUGUGCUGAUUGUUAUCACAGUUUUUAUGAUAUAUUAGAAAAAAAGAAAUAUGUGAAUGAUGCAGCUGCAAAGUCAAACCAAUGUAACACAAGUAUAUCAUUGAAUGAAUGUGAUGAUGAAACACAUGUAUUAAAUGUUGAUACAAAUUAUUUUCAAUCAGAAAAUGAAAAAACUCCAAAACGGCCAGUUGUUAAUACCAAAAAAAUAUGUAGACCAAGUCCCAUUUCUAAAGUUCGUAGGAGGUUCCCAUGGUCUGAUGGAGAAAAACCAGAACAAAAAUAUAAACUUAAGGAUGUUUAUGAGAGAUUAUUGAACCGUAAGGCUGAAGACGCUCAUCGUGCUGAAAACGACUGUUUAUUUGCAUUGGCAGGAUUUGUUGCUUUAUCGAGAGAAAUGGUGCAAUGGUUUGAUGACAACCAUUGCCUUUUCUCCGAAGUCAAACCAAUGACAAUAGGUGUUCCUCUUGAUUAUUAAUUAUUAAAACAAAGUAUUAAAAAAUAAGU